AUGCCCGCUUUGCCCUCGCCUUUCGCCAAAGGGGGAUGCAUUGUGUCAGCGCCAGUGGGGCCGGCCGGUUCCGCAGGGCCGGUGAAGUCGUCUUCGGGAAAGCUUGAGUCACUCAGGCUUGCUGAAGUGAAGAUUCCGAGUGUGCCGGGACAAAGCUGGGAUCAGAAACUCUCUGAGGCGAGGGAAGCAGCUUUGGCAAAGUGGCUAGGGAUUCUUGAAAGGUUCCCCGACGAUUUCGGUCUUUCUUUGUCGAUUCGGCUAGAUAAGGAGAACGGGCGAGACUCUGACUUGAAGUCGUCUUUGCAAGAUGUGUUUUCCCAAAAGGCGAGUGUCACGAUCUCAGGCCGUGCUGGGCCCCUUGCCAGGUACAUCAAGCACUGCCGAAGUUGCCAGGUUGUUCCUUUCCCUGUCACUGAAGCAGGGAUCUAUGCUUUCCUACAGGAUUAUGCAUCUCACGAGGCGCCCACUUUCGCCAGGAGUUUCUUGAGCAGCCUUGCUUUUGCAAAGUUCACUGUGAGCUUGAAAGUGAGUGAUGAAGUCUUCAGCCCCAGGGUCCGUGGGCUGUCGUCGAAGCUGUAUCUUGAAAAGAGGAAGACUCGGCAGAAGCCGUCGCUCAAAGUUGAUCAUGUGCGGAAACUGGAGGCCAUCGCUUCCGGCUCGAUCGUGCUAGAGCCUUCAGACCGGGUCGCUGCUGGCUUCUUCGUGUGGACCUUGUAUGCACGAGCGAGGUACUCGGAUGCCCAAGCUGCAGGUGCAAUGACUUGUGACUUAAGCGACACGCCGGACGGCACAGUCGGAUACCUGGAGUCCGCUGUUGAGCGAAGCAAGACUUCGUUCUCUCUGGAAAGAAAGGUCAGGUAUUUGCACAUGUUUGCUCCCAUCCAAGGUAUAGGUGAGGGGCCCUGGGGUGUCAAGUGGUUUGAGUUCUAUAAGGAGCAUGGGCCUCCUUUGGGGUCGGGCAAGCCCUUGCUUCCGAGCCCGCUCUCUGGCGGAGGGUGGCAAACAUCGCCGCUGGCGGUGGCGAGUGCCACGAAAUGGAUGAAGUCACUCUUGAUCCGUGCGGGUUGCGACAGGUCUUCCGUUGAACCGCUUGGGACGCAUAGUCUCAAGGCAACGACCUUGAGUUGGAGCGCCAAAUUCGGACUAUCCCGUGAGGUGAGAGCGGCCCUAGGUUACCACGCCAGGGGCCGUGAUGGGACCGAGCUCAUCUAUGGGAGAGACAACAUGUCUGCUCCUGUGCGCCAGCUGCAAGGGGUUCUGCUCGAGGUGUCGCGCGAAAGGUUCAUGCCGGACGCCACCAGGUCCGGUUACUUCGUGAAGCGCUUUGAAGAUCCAGAGGGGAUGCCCAUUCCUCCUGAGGAGGUCUUGUCGGAAUCUUCUUCCGAGGCCAGCGAGGAUGCCGAGGAUGUCGAUCAUGUAGCUGCGGAGGCGGCCACCGACGAAUUGGGAACAGAGACAGCCGUUUCAUCCAUGCUGUCGCAUCCGAAGAAGGCGACAAGUUCAGAUGCGGAAGAAGCAUAUCGACCAGGCCACGAGGUGCGGAUUCGAGAGUGUUCUGAGGACUUUCAGCAAUUUGUAGGAGUUUCACUAGCUCGGUUCCUGCUCCUGACGAUGGCUAACUACUCUGAGAGUCAAUCGGUUCUGCAGUCGCGAUUGAGUGUCGUGGGUUUCGCAGAAGAUGACGUUCAGAAAAUCCUGCCAGAGGUGGGAAACUUGAGGAGGCUGGCGUUCAUUUCUUCUUUCACACCUGGCCAGACUGACGAGGGGCCGCUGAUGCAGGUGUUGAAAGACAUUCUGAAGCGAGACUUGACAAUUGCAGACAAGGCUAAUUGGCGUGCGGUUUACAAUGAAGCUUUUGCCAUUGUGACCGCGGAAAUGAAGCAGAGGAUUGAGAAGGCCGACCCAGAGUCGACCGUCAGGCCUUUGUCUCAGCCUGAGAGGUCUGAGAGGUACGAGCGGCAGGCCAAGAAGCUUGUCGGGAUUUCACUGAAAGGGCCUCUGGAGCCUGCCGAUGCACUUGUUGAUCUUGCUGUGGCUUCCUAUGAGGCAAAUGAGCUGAGGUACAUUCCGUGGGACCGGUGUGUGUCCAAGGAAGCUGAACUGGCUGGCGAGAAGAAACGCGAUGUCAGGUUCACUGUUGAGGAGUCUUCGGGAAAGCUUCGGAUCGAGCACAAACAGCCUGAUCUGGUUGCGGAUACUUCAUCGGAGAUUCUUGUUCAGCAGGCUCUCACCAGGAGAGCUUUGGCCAUGGAUCAGGCGAACCUGAUCGAGUUCAGUGUUGCUGAUAAGUGGACUCAACGCUUGAUGAAGGCCCGCAUGCAAGCGCCUGCGGAGCAUUUUGCCAGGCCCACUUGGAAGCAACUUGAGUCGGCAGAUCGGCAGCUGUUUGCCGAGCUUCGUGAUAAGACCAGGGCAGGAGUGCAGACUGUCGCAUCGGGUCGCCCGUUGGACACACUUCUGCCAGAUGCGAUGUACAUGAACGAAGUGUCAUGUUUAUUGCAACCUUUUCCGGCCCCUGCCCUAAAAGAUGUUCCCCAGAAGCCGGAUGCUCCCAAGUGGGAGAGGCCUUCUCCUUACAACAAAGGUGGAGGCAAAGGAAAGAAAGGUAAGCAGAGGUUCAUGACAAGGUUGCCCGCCGGCCUGGAGGGCUGCAGGUCUCACACCAAUCGUGGUGACCCAAUCUGUUUUGCAUUCAAUCUGGGAGGCUGCCCUACCAAAGGGCAGAAGUGCGAGAAAGGCCUGCACAUUUGCGCAGGUGCGUCGCUGAUGGCCGGUGCUCCAGAGAGUGUGCAUCAGCCGGCAGCGGGAGCCUCACAGGUGGAUGAUCUCCUAGAGGGAGUUCAUCGGCCGAGCAAUGCAUGCGCCGGCGGCUCUCCUCCGAGUGGUGUGGAGUGUCGUCUGCAGUCAGGUGUUGAUCGAGAGGAUCAUCACAUGCACAACGUUGGCUCUCACAGUGCCAUCUCCAGGCCAUCACCAGGUGUGGUGGAGGCCGCACGCAGCAGGUCCCCGAGGCCCCGUGAUGGGGCACAGUCGCAGAGAGGUUCUUCACAUGACGAGGGCCAUGUGAGUGCCGCCGAUGUUCUGCGGGUUUUCGAUGGUCUUCCUUCGGAUGCCUUGAAGAGGGGUGCCGAUGCACCUCUCCCAACUUCGAAAUCUUAUGCCACGGGAGCGUAUGUUCUUGGUGGUAAUGUAGGCCUGAAGGCCAAUGCCUCAGCCAACCCGGAGGCGCUCAAAGUCUUUGCAAGGUUUGUGAGACAGCGUGCUCCGGGGUUUAAGUUUUCUUCGAUAAAUAUAUUUGAGGAUGUUCGCACUGAGCGCCAUCGAGAUCAGUGGAAUGCCAACUUGCAUAACUUGGCGAUUGCACUGACUGACUUCUCAGGUGGAGCUAUCUUUGUGGAGCAUGAAAACGGUCGAGACGUAUCCGACCUUAAUGGUGCACGAGGCUCUCGCUUGCAGGUUGCUAAGGGCCCUGUCCGAUUCAAUGCCAGACACAAUUGGCACUACACCGAGGCGUGGCAGGGCCGUAGAGUCUUGCUGGUUGCAUUCACCAUCCGUCAUGUUGAAUCGCUGUGCAAGGAACAUCUUGACUUUCUCCGCGAGUGUCAUGUUGAUGUUCCGAAAUGCGCGCCCGAGGGCGCGCGGUUGGCGCCUGCUGAAGCGUGUGCUCGUCAGCCGCCAUCCUUGACCUCCCCCGUAGCUCAGGAGUCGCUUAGGCCCUUGCCCGCUUCGUUUGUCCCCGCCGUUGACCCUAAGGAACCUGUGAGCGACCCUGCUAGUCCCUUGAAGCCCGGUUCUGCUCUCUAUGUCGAGAUAAAGUGUGGGUCCGGAUUGCUGCCGGCUCGGGUGCGGCGGGACGGAUUUCAAAUCAUAGCGCUUGAACAUUCUCGCCCCGCUGGGCGAGUGCACACUCACCUUGUCCCGGUGGACAUUGAAACGGAGUCGGGUUUCUCCUUUGUGCAGACUGUCAUCAGCCACGAUGCCCCUUUUCACGUGCAUUUCUUUCCUGCGACCAAGGAUUGUUUCAAGGCUGCUUUUUGCGCCGGGCAAACCAUUCGCAUCGCCAAACUCUUGCUUGCAUCUGAUUCGCAUUGGAGUGUCUUGCAUCCCCUGGCGUCAGUCCUGUGGAAACAGCUCGACUUGCCCGACAACCUCCAUUGCGUGGACUUCUGUGCAGGUUGCUACGGGGCUCCCAGUCCUGUCAAAAUGCGUCUGUGCACAACCCAGGCCGCGCUGGCUGGCAUGCCGGUGCCAGCAUGUCGUUGUCGCCCCGGGCCCCAUGUUGCGGGCUCGCUUUCGCCAGAUGCCUUGUACACUUCGAAAUUCUGUGAUGUGUUUGCUGGCCUCCUGCAGCUGGCGGUUGGCCAAUCUGGCCUCUUACUUGAGCAUGCUCUUCCACUGCAGAGUUCGCGGCAUUCUGCCGUCGCAGCCGCUGGGCGGCAGCCGCGAUUGUCAAAAUUCCAGCCGCAGAUCGCCGAGUUUAAGUGCCAAGCCACGGUCCGUGAGUUUCCGUGGCCCCUUCCUUUGGAUAAUAAGGGCAAUCUCACCUGUGCCGUAGGGUCGAUCCCUCCUGGCUCCCGCCUUCUUCGCGUUGUGUGUGAUCGGGGGGUCGUCGGUGCGAAACAGGUCGGAAGCCUGUCAGGUGUGCCUUCAGCAGUUACCUUUGGCAUUUACCGCACGGAACAAGAGUUUGUGGCUCAGGCAUUGCAUAUCGAUCAUCCCUUCGACUUGUGCGUGGCAGUCCCAGACUUCAUGUUGAGAGCGUUGGCUUUUACCUUGAAAGAGGGCCCGGUUGGUGUGAUGAAGCACCGUCUGAAUUUGCUCCAGCAGUGGACUUCUUGGAAACGCGAUUUGGCUGGUGCCGAAGCAGAGCUGCAUGCUGCCAUGGAUCCUGGUGUGGCUUCUGUUAUGAAGGGCAAGAAUAUUUUGCUUUUGGAAAAAAUUGCAUCGUCUUUCGGAUGGCCUGACACUGAAGUCUUCGAACACCUUAAGCAUGGUUUUCCUUUGGUGGGGGAGUCGAGUCCUUCUGGCAUCUUCGACGUGGACAGAAAGCCGGCUCUGAUGACAAGGGCAGAGCUUGUGCAGCAUGCUAAAUUCCUUAGGCCUGCGCUGUGGGCGAAGGUGGCGAAUGCGGAGGUGGAUGAUUUAGCUCGGGAAGUGUGGGAUUCCACACAGCAAGAGAUGCUAGUCAAGGAGUGGCUAACCGGGCCUUACUCGUGGGACGAGCUGCAAGCCCGUCACCCAGAAGGCUGGCUUCCAGUGCGGAGGUUCGGCAUUGUGCAAAAAGCCAAGACGAGGUCGAUCGACGAUUUGGCCGAGAACUCUGUAAACUGCGCUUACGCUGUUUCCGAUCGGAUUUCUUUGAGGGCCCUUGACGAGUUGGUCUGGCUUGCGAUCACCCUCUUCAAGAUCUUCCUUGCAAAAGGCGAGGUGAGCAUCCCGUUGUCGGACGGUGACCAUCUUCGCUUUCCGGUGCAUUCUUUCUGGAGGGCCCUGAAACCCGAGGCGCUUCAGCCGAGCUUGAAAACAGUGGACUUGAAGAGUGCUUAUAAACAGUUGGCGGUUUCUCCACGAGACCGCUGUCUGAGCAUAGUGGCCAUCAAGGACCCGGUCUCGGGGCUUGCGUUUGGCUUCGAGAGCCGAACCCUUCUGUUUGGGGCCACCUCGUCGGUGGUCUCAUUCAAUCGCGUUGCAAGACUGCUCCAAAGGGUUCUGGUUGCCUUGCAGGUGCUCGCCUGCAACUACUUCGACGACUAUCCGGUGUUGGAGGUCCUGCCGCUUUGCAACAACACGCAGUCAACUAUCAGAGCUGUGCUGGACCUGUUGGGUUUCACAUGGGCAGAAGAUAAGGAUCUUCCCUUCAGCCAUGAGGCUGAGCUUUUAGGCGUUCGGGUUGACCUUGGUUGCUUUGGGGUAGUUAAGAUUGGGAAUAAGCCCGAACGUGCAACUUCCAUUGCUGACGCAGUGGACUCCGUCUUGAAAGCGGGCCAUCUUGAUCCGAAGACUCUGCCAUCAUUGUUCGGUCGCUUGCAGUUUGCAGAGGGUCAGCUUCACGGGCGAUUGGGCAGAUUGGCACUGGCCGACCUCAGGUCGUGCACGAUGAGUUCUCAGGCCAAAACCCUUGAUGCCACGGCUGUGCAGGCCCUUUGUAAUCUUAGGUCCCGGGUUCUUGGGGGUACCCCUAGGAUAGUCCCGGCUUGUGUGGGGUCUCGUCGUUCUGUGAUUUUCACAGAUGGAGCGUACGAGCCGACGAGUGAAACUCACCCCGCCACUGUCGGAGGAGUCUUGUACCAUUUCGACAACGGCGCGUGGUGCACUUUCUUCUUUGCAUGUGCUAUCCCUUUGAGCGUUGUACAGAGCUGGGAGGCUCUCGGGAAAAGGCAUUUGAUAGGCCCAGUUGAGAUGUAUGCAGUGGUAUGUGCGAGAGAAGCUUGGGCAAAGCACUUGGACAUGCAAAGGGUGACCAUGUAUGUGGAUCACUCCGGAGUGUUGGCCUCCUUGGUGAAGGGCUCUUCGAAAGACCCUUUGUGGAGGCAACUCUUGCUGAUCUUUGAGAGCUGCGACGCUGAGGCGAUGCUUCCUUGGUUUAGCCGCGUUCCAAGUGCAAGUAAUCCGGCCGAUCCUCCUUCGAGAGCUAAGUCAAUCUUUCCAGUCAGGGGGCAGGUGUGCAGAGUGUCGCCUCGAUGCCCGAUCAAAGGCAAUGCCACGAUUGAUCUCCUUCUUAAGUGA